AUGACGCUGAACAUUGUCCAGGAAAUCCAAAAACAAAAUGAAAACCAUGUCCAAAGUGAAGAAGGAAAGAAGGAAGAAAUAGCCACUUAUGACUAUCCCUCCACAGAGAGAAGGAGAAGUAUCAGACUGUUACAGCUCAGCGAAGACAAAGCCAAACUGAUAGAGAAAAAUGGUUAUUCGGGAUUAAAGGAUGGUUCGAAUGGAGGAGAAACCGCGGGGCGCAAUGUGAGCUUAAGGACAAUCCUAAAAGUUAAGCUUAAGGAAAAAGCACCAAGUAGAGACAGAGAUAAAUUGCAAAAGGGAGAGAAAGGGAACGCCCAGGCGGGCACUUACAUCAAGAAGGGAAAUGGUGUGAAGCAGAACAGAUUGGUUAAGAAGGUCACGUUAAAUGGAAACCAGGGGAAGACCAUGUUAGGUGACAAUCAUAGGAAUGCCUCAAAAGUGAAUAAGAAAAAAAUUGAAAAGGGCGUUGUCGUCGUGAUGAAUAAGAAAAAAAACGCAUCGUUAAACAAGGGGAACACGAAUUCGAAGGGAACAGGGCUAAAAGGAAAUGCAAACAAGGGGAGAGCGCAGAAAAGCAAAGGUAACUCCCUCAUGGUGUGCAAAAUGAGAAUAGGGAGUAAUUUGCAGGGGAAGGAAAAGGAGAAAAUGCAAGCGGGUAAAGUACCCAAGCGGAAAGGAAAAAAGGAAGCAUCCCCCGUGAAGGACGACCUCCCAGACGAAAAGAUAAAAAGCGGAUCCGAUUCCGACUACAAAGAGGAAAUUUUUCUGCAGAAAAGACUGAAGAUGAGUAAGGCAACCUACUCAAAUGGGGCGAAGGACGCGAGCAAAAGGAGUCACCCAAAUGAGAGUUCAAAAAAAAAAAAAAAAAAAAUGGCGACCAUUAAGAAUAAGCAAAUAAGGAAGUCAAUAAACGAAUUCAUGAAAAAUAGCACUCGCAAUAACAGCAACUUUGUACCAAACAGUAAAUACAAUAUAUAUAGUUAUGGGAAAGGCAAAAACGUCUUUUACUCUUUGGAAAGAAUUAAUUACAGUAGUGGAGAUAAUCCGUGUGGAGAAGAAAAUAAAAGAAAGCUAAAUAGAAUACCAGAAAUUAUAAAUAUAAAAAAGCAAAAAUUUGUUAUAGGUUCAUCCAACAGAAAGUGCGACUUAGUUUUGAGGGGAAAUAUAGAAGGAGAACAAUGCGAAUUGGUGUGCAAAUGUGUGGAGAAAAAUAUCAACCAUUGUAGUGAUAUAAACAGGCAAAUUAAUAAAUAUAACUUAUUUAUUAUUAACAAGUCGAAAAGCAAAUCGACCCUGUUAAACAACUCGGUGGUGGACAUUGAUCAAGUCAAAGAUGAAGAUAGCCUUUUCCUGGGCAUCGAAAAUAUGGACAAAAGAACAAACGCAAAAUAUAUAUACAAAAUUAAGUACAAUAAAAUGGCUAACAUUUUUAACAUAAAUAAUUUGUGUAUGUACAGUAAAGACAACUGCAUACAAAAGACAUUAAUUACCAACGCGGAAAAUGGGAAAGCUAGCAAAAUUGUGUCAACCAAUUUUUCACUAAUCAAUCAAAGUGAGGAACAGGAAUCGAAUAUAUCCAUAUUAAUAUUUUUAAUUAUUGAAAUGCCUUCCAUAGAAAAUGAACCCGUACAUUACAUCGACAAUUUGAACUCCUUCGCAAACCUUAACAGCACACCGAGGAAGAUUAGUGUAGAGGAUAAUACCGUAGUAAGUAAAGCAUCCACGUCAGUUAACAAAAUGAUCAAAGAGGAUUCUCCAAAUACCCAAUUUAAUGAAAGUAUUAAAAAGAUCAACAAAAUUUGCCAAAGCAGAAUUUCCCCUUUGUGCAUAAAGGAUUCCAUUAAGAAGGAAGAAAAAGUAAAAGGCACGUUAAAAUCGACUAAUCACACGAAGGAACUUCCAGUGACACUGCUGAAUGCAUGUGUUGAGUUGUGCAAGGAGAUAAGCAGAAGUGUCACGAAAGAACAUGACGAGGGAAGUAACCACACUGUUCCUGCGGGUACUCCAGUUACGAAAUAUCCAUCGUUAACACCCCCAAAGGGGGUAACACCUCCAAAAAAUAUGACACCACCCAAGGACAUGGUAACACCAAGGACGAUGACACCUCCGAAAGUAAGCUCCUCCCAUUUUUUUCAAAGUGAUCAGAAGAAAAGACCAUACAUGAACAACUUGUGCAACCUUUUUCGCUCCAGUUUUGUCACUCCUGGGCACGAGAGAAGCUCCACGGGUGAAACCACCAACCGGAUUGCCCACUCCAACAGCGUCGUAGCAAUGGUGAGGGAAAAAGUUAGCACCUCUGGAGAUCGCCUCAGCGGAAUGCAGUAUCAGGGAUCCCCAAUUAACGGUGCCUCGAAAAGUUUAAAUAAGGCCAGCAUCUGCGAAAAGGCUCAUUUGCAGGGCAACUCACAACAUCACAUUUCGCAUGAGAGCAAAUAUAAUCUGCACAAAUCGGAAGGGGAAAAUUUUCUGCAAGGUAACACAAACAGAGAAGAGCCUUCUAAGGAGGAAAAAAUUAGCCAAACGGAUUAUACUAACUUAAAGUGCAACGCGGAUGACCAUGUUUCUUGCCCACCACCUAUCGACCAACACACGCGGGUCUACUGCGAAGACGUAGAAAUGAUGCAGAACGUACAAAUUGGGGAGAGAGUUCACGAAGAAGAAUUGAAUACCUCAUUGAAUGACAGCUUAUUGAUAACCCCUGGGAAAGGAGCCCAAUUGAUGGACAGCAAUCAGAUGACCUUCUAUGACUGUAAAGAUGAAAAGGUAGUGAAAGAAGCAGACCCUCUACCUGCGAAGCCAAAUGAGAGUACCAAAAUGGUCAUGAAAGCAUCCGAAUCGAGUGAGUUCAUAAAAAAAACGGAAAAGGAAUUGUACUCUGUUUUGUAUUCCAAAAGUAGUGAAAGUACAACAAGUAGUGCAAAUACAGAUUUUAUUCUAUGUCUGAAAAAUGAACAAGGAGAAGAGAGGUAUCUCAAAGUAAUUGGAGAAAUUAAAGUGAAGAGAAAUGCCAUUUUGUCAGACAUAAAACAUAACAUAGAUUUAAAACUGCUUGACAAAUCCAUUGAGCUUACAACUCUUAAUAAAUUAAACUAUUUAAAAUGUGAGUCUCUUUCUAAAGGGAAAUAUUCUAUUCGUUUAAAUGCCUUUUCCGAUAAAUUGGAUGAAACAAAAUUUGGUGAAUUUUCAGCCCUGCACCUGGACUAUAUUGAUAAUGUAAAUUUUUCCCAUUUGGACACAUUGGAACCACUUGAGCUGAAGAAAAUGCUCUUUAUAAAGUACGACGAAUAA